GGCUGCACAACUCAAUACUCAAAGGUAUUCACCUCUUCGAUGGUAUGGAUAUGGAGCAUUGGAAGUAGAAUUAUCCAACGAGGGUCAGCCUUCCGACGUUUUAGUUAUGACAGAUCGAGAGACCCUAAGGAUAUUGCAAGAUGAACCCACCUCAUCAAUUGCAGUCGUCACCAGUGACAAGAUGAUACCUACCUUGAUUCCAGUUGAGGAGACUAUGAUUGUGAUGAAAGUCACCGAGGCAAAGGUCUACUCAGUGAUGUGGAUGUGCAUUAAAACAAGAUCUGAAGAUGCUUAUGGAGCUAUUUGACUCAAAAUAAAAGCGAUCUUUGGAGACGAAACGACACAUGUGUUUGCAAAUUUUGAUUCAUUGCUCCAUGAAAAACUCAAGGAGCAAUAUCAAUCUGUGAAAGGGACUCUAUACAGCCACAUCUCAAUUAUCAAUUCAAAAGCGAUUCAGAUGAACAUCGACACACGUAAUACAGACAAUGUUGCAAUUAUUACCAGAUUGGCAGCAUUACCCAUCCUCCCCCCUGACAAGAUUAUCAGUAGUUAUAAAACAGAAAUUUGCGACGAAUUGACACAGGAGAAGAAGACUGAGCUGGAAGGAUUCCUCAAUUAUUAUGAAUCAGACUGGAUUAAAUCCGUUGGACCUGAGGAACUCAGUUGUUACCAGAAUUCCAGUGCCAUCAAUGCUUCUCAGCGAUCUAUAUUGCAGAUUUUGGAAUCAUUCGUUAAAAAGGACCGCACUUUCUGGAAAUUCAUGGAGAGAAUUAUCCAAUGCCAGGAGAAAAUACACAAAGAAUUGCGAGCACGCCCACGAUCCGUAUCGCACCCUUUCACUCCAAGAGUUUAUUUCCUCGCUGAGGAACAUGCCUCCCUCAAAAAACAUUGGGAUAAGUAUCAAUAUAGUACAAUCGAUGAGAAACGACUUCUACAAGUAGCUGCAUACUAUGUGAAGAAAAGUGUUGCUAACAGCCUGAAAUCGACAAAUCAGCACCCCAGGAAUUAUGACGUUAUUCAGGGUGAAGGCUAUGAACAACAUGCUCAGCUUGGUACUAUUUUCUCAGAGAGAGCGCCAGCAUUAAUUCUUCACGACCUCUUACCGAGGGUUCAUCCUCAUGCCCGAAGAGUCCGUAUUGACCAGCGAGUUGGUGCACGAAGGCAACCUGCCCGAGGAGCCCCCGCACAAGCAGUACCUGCUCGAGGAGCCCCUGCCCGAGGAGUACCUGCCCGAGGAGCCCCUGCCCGAAGAGUGCCUGUCCAAGCAGUACCUGCCCAAGCAGUGCCUGUUCGAGGAGUCGCUGGACGUAGAGUUGCUGGACGUCGAGUCGCUGGACGUAGAGUCGCUGGACGUAGGGUCCCUGGACGAAGAGUGCCUCUACAUAAAGCGCCUGUACGUGGGGUACUUGCAGGUAGAGUGCCAGGACAUCGACAACCUGGAGUAAUUCCAGAUGGAGUAGGUGAUGAGGUAAUUCCAGGUGAACAACACCAGAAUGGAAGCGAAGACAAUGUAGCUGCUCGUAUUGCUGGUGAUGAAGCUCCACCUCUAAACUUAGUGGAUAAUGUACAGCAACAGAACAGAGGCCUGGUCAAUAUAGCUGCAGAUGCAGUAGCAAGGAAUGAACGUGAUGCUCAAUAUGAGCAAAAUUUGAAUGUCAACGUUCGUGUUGCUCCAAUCGAGAUCGUAGACGAUGAUCCCAUUUUCGUGGACGAUGAGGGCAAUGUAUAUUUGGAAGAGGAUCAAAUCUUCAAUCUCCCUGAAGAUGACUACGGGUAUCUUGAGAGUCCCAACGUGGAGGCGAUAGUAGACUUCCAACCUGUUCCAGAUAAUGAAGAGAUGGAGCAAUUGGAAAGAGAGGCAGAAGAACGUCUGCAACAGAAUAUUGGAGGGAUUUGUCUGUGCUGCCAUACCAAUCGAGUAAACUUCCUCUUCCUUGACUGCAGACAUAGUGUCAUGUGCACUCCAUGCUAUAAUGAGGGGCGAGAACAUCUGGUUGACGAUGUAGACCUUUUAUACUGCAUUGUAUGUCGCAAGCUAGUCAGCAGAGUUAUAACUGACAUCAUCAUAUAAUAAUCGUGAAAUUAUUGUCCCCAUGAUCUACGUUAAUUUUGAAGGGAAUAAUUAUCCCCACUGAGUUCCAAAUUACUUAUUCUUGUGAUGAAUAUUUCAUAAACCAAUUCAAGACUUUUCAAUCAUGGAAUAUGAAUUUCAUGACUUGAAAUGAUGAACGAUUCCAAAGAAUCCUGAGAAGAGCUCAAUGUUUUUUUAAUUAUGGAAAUUAAUUUUGAUAUUGUUCCAAAUCAUUGAAAUUAUUGGUUUAUUAAAUAUUUCGAGUAGAUAAGCUAAUCAUUCACCAUUAAAAUGGAAAAUUAAAAUAUCUGAUCCUCUAUAAAAAAAAAUAAUGGAAGCAAUGAAGAGUGCAUAGUUUUCGUUAAAAAUUGAUAGCUAAAUUGUUGUUUUUCUUCAAGGAUCGUAUCCCGUUAUAAAAAAAAUCGAUAAUUUGAACAAUGGAAUGAAUUUUUUCUCAAGUUAGUGUACUCCCCCAUUGGGGCCAAUGAUAUGCGUCAUAUUCUCUAUUAUCUGAUAAUACUAACAAUAGGCUCACAAAUGUUCUUAGAAUAGUUUUAAAAAAGAAGUUGUUUCAUUGGAUUAUUUAAUAGUUAAUAAUUUACAAAAUUAAGUUAAUCAUUUUGAUGCUAUGAAGUUUAUGCGCUUUAUGAUUACUCUCUCUGUUUAAACAUUCCCACUUGGUAAAAAAAAAAUCAAAUUGCUGUUCUAUUUAUUGAAUGAUUAGGCGUUCUCACCACUUAUCAACAUCUCCAUUUUUUUAUCCAUUCUUUUAAAAUAAUCCCGCGAACAAAUACAA